CCCAAGAGUUGCGCAACUCUGGGCGUUUGCAAAAGCCACAUAUGGAAGGAUUUGGGCAGGACGCUGCGGAAGGCCACACCCCGGGAGGACGGCGCAGGCGACGGGGCUUGGGGAGCGGCCGGUGCGCGCAGGCGCAGGGGGCGUGGCCUGGCCGAGCGGGGCCACGUGUGAUCGCCGCCAGCCUCUUGCUAUGGGUCGGGCGCGCUACCUCGUGUACUUCCAGUAUGUGGGCACAGACUUCAACGGGGUCGCAGCCGUCAAGGGCGCCCAGCGGGCCGUCGGGGUGCAGAACUACCUGGAGGAGGCCGCAGAGCGGCUGAACUCGGUGGAGCCGGUCAGGUUCAUCCUCUCCAGUCGCACGGAUGCAGGGGUUCAUGCGCUGAGCAACGCGGCACACCUCGACGUUCAGCGUCGCCUGGACAAGCCGCCCUUCUCCCCCGAGACCUUGGCCAGAGUUCUCAACACCCACCUGAGGCACCCAGCCAUCAGGGUCCUGCAAGCCUUCCGAGUGCCCAGCGAUUUCCACGCUCGCUAUGCAGCCACCUCCAGGAUAUACCUGUACCGCCUGGUGACAGGCUGCAACGGGCCUCACCAGCUGCCAGUGUUUGAACGGAACCUGUGCUGGGCUCUACGGGCAGGCAACCUGGAUGUGGCUGCCAUGCAGGAGGCUGCCCAGCACCUCCUUGGGACACACGACUUCAGCGCCUUCCAGUCAGCUGGCAGCCCAACCCCAAGCUCCAUUCGCACACUGCACCACAUCUCAGUGUCCCCUGGCGUAGCCAGCCCCUUUGUCCUCUUCCAGGAGAGCAGGAGGCUACAAUUCUGGACCCUGGAGUUUGAGAGCCAGUCUUUCCUGUACCGACAGGUUCGGAGGAUGACAGCUGUGCUGGUUGCUGUGGGGCUCGGGGCUUUGAAGCCAGCCCAGGUGAAGGAGAUUCUGGAAAGCAGAGACCCUCUGGGCAAGCACCAGGCUCGUAUUGCCCCAGCUCGGGGCUUGUUCCUGAAGUCAGUGAUCUAUGGAGGCCUUGGGCAUGGGCACUCUGGUCCUGCCUCCUACACCAUACAGCGUCCACAGUGUGGAAACUGCCAGUGACUGGACGUGCCAGCCCAGCUGCUAGACCUCACUAUAUUCACUGCACUUGGCCACCUGGAGCUGCAUCUGACCUGCCUGACCCCCUGCUUCC